UUUUACUAAAAUAAACUUUUGUAGGUCCUUUUCUAUUACUAGUAAAACUCAUCCAAAAAAGUGUACGUACUACUAAUAUUAGCCAAUUCUGGAGUACAUGUUUUUUUUGGCCCCAAAACCAAACCCCCAUCCCAUCGGAACAACCGGAAAAAGCAGUAGCAGAGUGAUUGUUGAUCAGCAGGAGAAUGGAUGUUGUAAUAAACCCCUUUAGGCUAUGCUCAGGGCUCAAAGUGCUGGGCUAUUUCAUGAUAUUCCUGGUGCUUUCCAUCAUUGCCCUCUCCUACUACGCCGUCGUUAUCCUCACCUGGGCUCCCCAUCUUCUCCGCGGUGGCUUCAACUCUUUCUUUUCCUUCUUUAUCGUCAUCCUCUUCCAUUAUCUGCUUAUUUUGUUAACGUGGAGCUAUAUGAUGGUAGUCUUUCGGGACCCUGGUUCUGUACCUGAUAACUGGCAAUUAGUAUCAGAAGAGGAUUUAGAAGAGGGUAACCCCACCUCAAUUUCUCACAAUUUAGGACCUCAAACUUCAGCCUCUGCAUUGUCAGACGGGACAGAAAUUAGACCAGCCAUACGCUACUGCAGUCAAUGCCAAAAUGGCAAGCCACCUCGAUGUCAUCAUUGCUCCAUUUGCCAAAGAUGCGUCCUUAAGAUGGAUCACCACUGCAUAUGGGUUGUCAAUUGUGUUGGGGCAAGGAACCACAAGUUCUUCCUCCUCUUUGUGUUCUAUACUUUUCUAGAAACAACGUUGAAUACUGUUGUGCUGCUGCCAAGUUUCGUGAAUUUUUUUGAGCAAACGAAGAAGCAUUCUCUAUCACCUGGCAAUCUUGCUGUCACCUUUUUGGCCUUUGUUUUGAACUUAGCUUUUGCACUGAGUCUUCUUUGUUUCGUUAUUAUGCACACAUCCCUUCUCUUGAGCAACACCACUUCAGUGGAGGUUUAUGAGAAGAAAAAAGCUGUACACUGGAAGUAUGAUCUAGGCCGCAAAAGGAACUUUGAACAGGUUUUUGGUACUAAAAAGAUGUUCUGGUUCUUCCCAUUAUUUUCCGAAGAGGACUUGAAGAAUAUUCCCGCACUUCAUGGUCUAGACUUCCCAAUUCAUUCAGAUACGGCUGUAUGAUUAUGAAACAGGAGCAGAGGAAUGGAAUAUUUUAAUUCCAUCCGGCCUCUACAAUAUCUUUCCUUUUUGGUUCUUACUCUCCUAGUAGAUCUUUCUGUAGACUGACCAAGAAGGAAGCUUGGUUUUAGAGAAGGAAGUUUGCGUUGACAUAUUGAAACUUGGGUGGUACUACUGUCUCCCUGGUGAAGGCCACGUCCGUUCCAGGCUUCUACUACCUAAUGUACUCCUCCUUCCUACUCUGUAAACCAACGCCCCCAGUUGGUAAAUAAUUGUAAUAGUACUAUGCCAAAAUGACGCUACCAGUCAGUACUCUUAUAAACAAACAGUACCAACUGAAUAUUCGACGGCAGUGCACAGGAAGAUGCCUGCCUUCCGGCCCGCGUUAAUCAGUACUUAGUAGUUGCUUAUUUUAUUGGAUUGGGUAGGUCUGUGCAAGUGCAGGAGAAGGAGAGCGGGCUGGCUGCCCACCUUCGGGUGGUGGAGAAAGGCAAAUCGUCGUAAAAAUGCUCAACAGUCUGCGUCCGGUACAGAAGCAGAAGCAGUUGAACUUGAACAAGCUACAAAAACUUCUUAUUGAAUAUUCGAAUAUUCAACUCAGUUACUUCUCGUAAAUAAAAAUGCCGCUGCUCCCUGAGUAAUCUCGAUUUGUUA